UCCGCUGUGGCCAUUUUCGGUGUAGGAGUAGGAAGGUCCUAUACUACAGAUACGAAUUUACUAAAGUUUUCUUUGGGUUACAGCUAAAGUAGCAAACAUGGCUGGUCGUAUGCCAGCUUGUGUCAUAGACAAUGGCACUGGGUACACAAAGCUUGGCUAUGCUGGCAAUACCGAGCCCCAAUUCAUCAUUCCAUCGUCGAUCGCCGUUAAGGAAUCGGCAAAGAUAGGCGACCAGGCGUCGCGGCGGCUCGGCCGCGGAGUUGACGACCUCGACUUUUACAUCGGCGACGAAGCUCUAGAUGCGACGGGAUAUGCUGUCAAGUACCCUAUCAGACAUGGCAUAGUUGAAGACUGGGACCUGAUGGAGAGAUUCUGGGAGCAGUGCAUCUUCAAAUACCUGCGCGCAGAGCCAGAGGACCAUUACUUCUUGCUCACGGAGCCACCGCUUAACACACCAGAGAACAGAGAAUAUACGGCUGAGAUCAUGUUCGAGACGCUUCAACUGUUCCGGGCCUUCUACAUUGCAACGGCUGGGCAGGCUGUGCUCGCGCUCGCUGCGUCAUGGACAUCCCGGCAAGUAGGAGAGAGGACCCUGACAGGCUGCGUUAUCGACAGCGGAGACGGAGUCACCCACGUCAUACCAGUCGCGGAGGGCUACGUUAUAGGCAGCUGCAUCAAGCACAUCCCGAUCGCGGGCCGUGAUAUCACCUACUUCAUUCAGACCCUGCUGAGGGAGCGUGAGGUUGGAAUACCACCGGAGCAAUCACUAGAGACGGCCAAAGCCAUCAAG